AUGGGCGCUGGCGAGCAGUAUCGAACGUGUUCCCUCUUUGGCUGCGACUUGCUAUCGGAUGCAAUAUCUUUUGAAGCAGCAGAACCCGCCGAGCCGCAUGAACGAAGAAUCGUUUACGAAGACACGGAAGAAGUCAAAACGGGCAUCGGAGAUAAGCUUGGUCCGCGGCGUUGCUGGGCGAGAGCGGCAGAGACAAGGGGGAGGGUAUCGAGCGGCGGGCGCAGUAUCGUCGCUGGACUGGCUGAGGGCGAGCUGGUAUUCGCUAUAUACAGGGCCGGGGCGACGGCGAGCAGUUGGAAAAGCCGAGAUGCUGCCAGAGACGUCUUCCUUUUGAUUGAAGCCGAGCAAAAGGUUGAAAAAGUUGAAGCUGGUCGACUUUGGGGGCUUUUUGGCUGGUGCUUACGUAAGAUCUCGAAGUUGAGGUUGAAGUCGAAGAGCGAGGAGGACGCAGAAGAAACAACAACGUUCAGUCAAUUAAUUACUGCUGAUAGACAGGAGAAAAAGAAGGGAUUGGACGGUCGAGAGGCCCGCUCGGAAGCUGAGGUCGUCCAGGCGAUUGACGAGCUGCUGGAGCGAUACCUCCAUCUGCUGGACGAGCAGCAGAAGCUCCAGGAAGCCAUAGGCAAGCAGUUUGCAAGCGUACGAGGGGGUCUAUUUUUCUUUGCUUGGGAUUACUGCUAG